AUUAAAAAUAGAGCACCGAUUGAAACGCGACCGGACGCGUGACCUUUUACCCGGAAACAGUUCCAGCGGUUAUUUGGCGCGGCGCGAAAAAGGAGCCAAAGAAACCUGCAGAAGAUUCCCGUUGUUUACAGUUGUCUUGUUCUGUUUUAAACUAAUAUAUUGACAUUUAACUCUUGUUUAUGAUCCGUUGUUAUUCGUUUAAUAUGACAGUUCGACUUCUGUCAAACUAAAACGUUAAAGUUGAUUUUAUUACAUUAGUAAAUAUUUGACAGCCGCGAAAUGAGAUCAGGAACAACACGCAAUAAAAACAACAACAACAACAACAACAACAACAACAGCAGCAGCAGCAGCAGCGAUGAACCUUUGCCCAUCGCUUCUCUUCGGCUGUUGGCCCCUCCUCUGCGACUGGUCUCCGCCGCCAUGUGGAAAGUGAUGCAGCAGCGGGAUGUGAUGCACUAUGGAAAGCUGGAGGAGUUUGUGACGUCUGUCUCGGAUACUGUACCUGGGUUGUUGAGUUAUAGACAUCAGGCCAAGCUGAGCGUGGGUCUGCGGGCACGGCUGAUCCUGGAGCAGCUCCGUGUGGCCCAGUCUUCUGAACCUGAGCUCAUUCUUGCCCAGCUAGAGAGACUGCGUGCUCCUGCCUUGCCCACCAGUAAAAGAAUGAGAAUCGAUCAGAAAGUGGAGAUGGCUGUGAAGAACUUCCACACACUUGUGCAGACUCUGCUCAACAAGCCAGCAGAAAGAGAGCAGUUCUUCAAGGAAGAGUUUGACUCUCAGUAUGGGCCUCAGUAUGACUCGGCUCUGGAGAAGCUGCUGUGGGAGUUUCUGACCAGACUGGACCAGCUGCUUCCAGUCCCAGAUCUGGCUCAGACCGUAUCGUGGCUCACUGCAGCUCCGGCUGUUCUGGAGGAGUGUGCACGCUCUGCGUCACAGCCCCAACUCCUCAGGACUCUACUGCAGCAUGAGAAAUGCCUCGGACACCUGGACUCUGCAGCAUCUGUUCCGUCCUCCACUGGGGACUCCAUCCUUUCCUCGCUAUCCCUCCCUCUCUCAGGCAAAGUGCGAGACAGCAACCUAUCAGGAUCCACUCCCACACCGAACAUGAUCCCAAGUCCCACCUCAUCAACACAAAAAUCCAAUAAGAGGCAAGCGAGAGGAACUGUGUCCCAUAUCACACCGGUUAUUGGCUCAAUAUCAACUGCAGACAUCCCACAUGAAGCUUCAACCAAUCAAAAUGUAGAAUCCAUUUCAGAAAAGGACAGCGAGGAAGUAGUUACAGAGGUUUCUAAUUACACAAGGGUCAAAUCAAGGUCAUGUCAGAAGAGUGAGAUUUUAGAGAAAGUUCCAAAUGAGGAACACUGUGUAGGGAAGGUGCUGAUUACAGUGAUCAAUCAAACACCUACACCUACGAGCAGUGAAGUCGAAGAGGAGGAUGAAUCUCAAAUCAGACCAGUGAGAAGAAGUAGUGGGAAGAGUGGUGUAAAAGAUAAACGAGGGAUGAGAAGCGGUGACAAAAUGCUGGAUUUGGGAAGGAAGAGGAAAAGAAAAGAUAGCAGCAAGACAUCUCGGAGAAAUUCCCAGGACACAAAGCCACAGGAAGAGGAAAGUCUGCAUGCUGACCUUGCUUCCUGUAUGAAACGUCAGCUUAGAGUCAUCAUCCCAAGACUGGAAAUGAAAGAUUCCACUCAAACAGUGUUGCUGAAGACCACGACCAAUGAGGAACAUAAUACAAUGUCUCCAAGACAACCUGCCAUUGAGGGCGUGUCUGCAGUGAGAAAUGUCGAUGCCGUGAACCGAAAGAGGAAGCUCAGUCUCUCAGCGACCCCUGAGAAGAACCUGACCGCCAAUAUUGAUAAGCAAGUAUAUGCUGGCUCUCCCUGCAUCCCCACACUCAUGCCUUUAAGGAUGGAAAGUUCAGACACAGUCUCUCCUGUAACUAAAUCCACAGAUGACAUUAUUGUAGAUUCAGAAGAUGAAGCCACUGAGAAAGUUAAAGGAAGGCUGUUUACAAAGCGAUACUGCAAGACAAAGAGUGACACGUAUAUUCCCACUUUACAUGAGUUCUGGACUCCGACCUUCUUCCGCCGUGACCUCCUCUCUCCAGGAAACGGGUGCAGAUGAGGUUUGGUUUAAUGACCAUUUGGCUGGAUUAUAAACAGCUUUUUACUACCCCAAUGUAGCUUUUUUUAAAUGUUGUUCAUACAUGUAGGCAUUCCCAAUGUCAUCUUGUCCUGUUUUUAUAUUUAUACAGUAGAUCAGCAUUAAUAAUUUUGCUUCAUAUUACUACUUUUUUCCAAAAUAAUUGCUGAGGCUUGUGUGAGACUAGCUAUUUUUAUGCAUGAUUUAGUAUAGUUUUUAUAUAUUUUAUCAUCAUCAUCAUGUUGGAUACUACCUAUGUAAAAAUAUUUUUUAAUAAUUAAUAAAUAUACUUUUAUGAAGUAAAGCCAGAAAGUGUUUUAUGGUGCAUUCUAUAGCUGAAAAUGAAAUGUUGUUUGUUAAAAUUCUCACAUGUAGCUCUCUUG